GUUUCUCUCUGUGCGCAGCAGCGGGGGCGCCGUGAAGAGGUCUCCGUGCUUUGUAGGGGACUUUCUCCUCCAUCUCCGUCCACCGCACCGCACCGCACUCCCUCCCUCCAGACUCCAGUCUCCAGGCAAAACAAGGACAACCAUGGGCUUCGUGGGUCUGAGCUCCACGGUUCUUCUCGCCUCUUUGGUCACGCUCGCCGGUCUUUGCUCCGCGCGCUCCGACGCGCCGCGGGGAGUCGCGCUCGGGUUCGUUUUCGACCCCAAAGCGACGUGCGACCCGCCGUGCGAACACGCAGGAAUCUGCACCCGCAACAACACAUGCUUCUGCUCCCGGGGCUAUGAAGGAGAGACCUGCCAGUUUGCCAACUGUUAUCCCAAAUGUAAGAACGGAGGAGAGUGUCUUCGACCUGGAAAAUGCAGAUGUCCUCCUGGAUUUGGAGGAAGAUAUUGUCACAAAGUGACGUGUGAUGGCGGAUGUUGGAACGGAGGGGAAUGCAUCGCUGUCAACGGAGUGGCCAAGUGCAUCUGCCCCUCAAGCUGGGCCGGCUCAAAAUGCCAAGAAGCGAUUUGUCCCCAAGGCUGCAGGAACGGAGGAAUCUGUGUGGCUCCAGGAAUCUGCAGCUGUCCGGAGGGCUGGCUGGGCGGUGCCUGCCAUACUGCUGUGUGCACUCAGCCCUGCCUGAACGGAGGGAAGUGUAUUUCUCCUGACAAAUGCCGCUGUCGCCCCCCUUAUUCUGGUGCUCGCUGUGAGGAGAGGAAAAAUUCCCACUAGUGUCAAAGGUCAAGGAGGCCCAAUCAGGAGCUUUAUGCUGAUGAGGACAAAUAUUGUUUUUUUUAGCUGAACAUUGGCAGUUUUUAUAUUGUUUACCAUAUCAUGUCAUUCUUUUUUAAAAAAAAAAAAACAUUGAAUAUGUUUAAUGUUCUUAUUUGACUGUAUAAACUUGUUAUGUACUAUACUGUAAUUUGUGUUAUUAAAUAAAUAAAAGUGUGAAUUGCAUCAUUCAACGAAAUGAAAAAACCAUA